CUCAAACAGCAUUUCAGCUCGGUUUGUCCCGCUUUCUUGCAUGUGAAAGACUUCAAGUGAGUCCGGAUCAAACGGAGCACAGCCAGAUGACACUGGAUUCUUAACAGGUUUACAGCUAUGGGUCCUUCAGUGAAAAGCAGUAGUCCCAUCACUACACACGUGCUGAACACCGGGGACGGGGUCCCAGCGGCAAGAGUGGCCCUCAGUCUACACCGCCUGGACCCCCGCAUGGCCAUCUGGAACCUCAUAACUAUCGGCUGGGAAGUUGUGAACACAAAUGAGGAUGGCUUUACUCCAGGAAUGUACAAGAUCCGCUUUGAGACGGGCCAGUACUGGGAGAGUUUGGGACAGUCCAGCUUUUACCCAUAUGUUGAGAUACUCAUACAGCACCUACAGAGGGAGCUAGUGAGCAGCCAACGAAACAGAAACACUGGACUCACCAAACAGUGUUUGCAUUUGUCAAGACUUUCUCAAAAAAUAUGUUUCAUGAUUGUGAUGAGUCCAAGAAACCUCCUCAAGCAGCAGCUUUCAACUUAAAACAACACCC